CGAUUCAGAAAACGUAAUUGAUAUUCCCAUCAAAAAGCCUCGGCGACUCUUUCUGCACUUCAACCCAGUUCUAAGUGUGCAUGCCCACUCAUAUAUUGUAUUCCGAAUAUUCGUAACCCGGAUGUUCUCACUCCUACAGAGUCGCAAUGUGGCCGCGGGCAGCGAUGCUUCCGCCAAAAUGUUUUCCGAUCAGGAUAUUCACGAUAUAUUCGAAUCUCUUCCACCUUUGGAAUCCAGAAAGAGCGGCACGGCCAAUUUUUUACCGGAUCUGAUUCUUACAAACAGCGGCGGAGGCUUUGUAACCGCUACGCAUCUUCUUCAAAGCUUCGAGGAUAUAAUAUCCAAAGAAAAGAACAGGGUAUCUUUCUCGGCACUAGCCUCGCAGCUGGAUGUAGACCAAGAUGUAAUUCUGCAUCUUGUGCAGGCAUGUCCUCAGCUGGCCUUGCUCAGCGAGAAUCAGUCGAUGGUGAUUGCCGCUGAAGAACGCCAAUCCAUGGUUAGAGACCUUUGCAGCACAUUGAACCAUCAGAUAGUCGACAAAAACUUAUUCUCAAAAGACCACAAUGUAUCGCAGUCAAGCAUGGACACCUUGAUUCGCUCAGGCGACUUAGGUGAACGUGUUCAUGAGAUAGAUGGUCACCUCGUUAGUGAGACAUAUCAACAAGAUUUGACCACAGAAAUAAGAGAGAAAAUCAAGUCUUCAUUGAUGACACUCGAACCGUUAACUAUCUCUUCUUCCUGUCUAAUCGGAGCCCCGCCAAUGACAUUCACGCGCGGGACUUUCUACCAAUUACUUGAAACCGAGGCAUUGACUUCACAAAUCAUUGUCACGGAAGAGGCAAAUUCAAUCCGAUUUAUGUCCAGACAGUUGAUCGUGGAAGAUAGCCAAAAAAUCAUCUCCGAACUGGAAACUGGAACAUUGCGUUACAUUGACAAACGAGAGUUUGCCAGCCGCUUCGAUGCACUCUAUACGUCGUCAUACGAAGUCGAUGAGUUGUUUGCAGCCUCUCCGGUUGCAUUCAACGAUGAUCACUAUGCCAUCUCACAACCGUACAUAUCAGAUAGAGUGGCCCUGGAUCUGACGUCCCUCGAAGAGAACAGCGGCUAUCUCAACAUCCAUUCGGACUGGUUCCAAUCUGAGUUACCACAACUUACAACGGAUAAAAUUGCGAGCAGCUUAACGGAGCGGCUCAUGAGUUUGUCAAGUCCUUUCCCGGACAACCUUCGCCACGUAGGGAGUAUAUUGUUCACGUCCUCUUCCUAUGAUGAAAGUGUGAAGGAAUUAUUCAAUUCAACCGAAUCGCUAGCAAAGGAACAAGCUUCUAGAGACGUUCCAAUCAAGGAAAUGAAAUUCCACAUGAAAGACAUUCUCCACGCCAUACCCGCACUAGCACGCGAUGUAAUCGUGUUAUCAAAGGAUGAGAAACUCGAGAGAUCUUUAAAUGACCAUUUCUGGGCCACGAUAUCUCACGUAGAAUCGCAGAACGAGUCUGAAUUUGCCGCAUUCUGGACCAAGCGAGUUGUAUCCCGGCAAACAAACCACUACGAAGCGCUCGAAAGCAUCGAGGACCAAAAGCUUCGCGACCAACUCACCGAAUUACUGUCGUCCUACAUCCGAAAAGAACUUGUACCAGACACUCUAUCAAAAGCCCGAUCGCAAGGGCUUAUGCGCAGCAACAAGACCACCAAGAAUGCUCAGAGGCUAGAGAGCAGCCUUCUGUCAGGCAAGAAAGACCUGACCGAUGUCUUGUCGGCGGUGGAGAGAUUCGAAAAGAAGCAGGAGAUUUCCGGGCUUGAUACGACUUCAAAGGCAGAAGCCAAGAGUACCAUGGUUGCUGACAUGGUAAGGAGAAUACAGAAGCCAAAGAACGACGGACCGUUGCUGUUUCUCACUCUUGUUGUGAUCUUGACCGCGAGAUACCAUCCGGGAGUUGUGUACGCUACUGGGAAAUUCGCACCCAAAUUGCUCAAGCAGCUGAAAGUCAAUUUAAGCGCGGAAGAUUACGAGAAUCUCGAGAAAUGGAAGGAAAUGGCAAAAUCAGGUACUCUGGGCUCAGAGGAGCAGAAGCUUAUGGCUCAUAUGGUUGAGUAA